CCGUUGCCGAACCGGCAGCAACCGAUAAAAGGGCAGCUCCUCGCGCGCCGUACAAAGGACCGCCGGGGCCCAGCGCCUCAGUAGUGGUCCCGCUCCGCGUCACCCGCGGCCCGCAGCUCUAGUAGUUCGUUUCAAGCGCUCGGGGCAGCACCACAAAAGAGCACAAUGGCGCCCCUCAAGCCGGAGUGGUGCGCGCGCGCCCCAGUCAACGCCGUCAACAAAUCUUUUGGCGUGCCAAAGCCGCUGCCCGCCCGCCAGCAAAAGGAGAACCGCUACAAGCCCAAAACUAAAAGCAUGGUCGACUGCGGCCGGCCCAAGGCCAUGGACGCGCCGCGGCGCAAGGCGUCGCGUCUGCGGAUGCUGGGCGUCAAGCCGGUCCAGCGCGGCGUGAACCGCCCGGGCCAAGUCCAUGGGCGCCGGGCCAAGUCCGUGCAGGCGCCGCGGACGCACCGGCCGGUGCAGGCCUUACGAAGCGUCUCGGCGCACGCGGGCGAGAAGCGCCCCGUCGCACCAAAGCGGGAGCGGAAGCCGCCGUCCGUGAACGCCGGCCGCGACGUGUUAGGAGGAGGCUGCGACUCGUGGCUCGACAGCUUGGACCCGCGCGGCCGCGACGAGCGCGGCUCGCUCUGGGACCCGUCGCGCGCGUCCGUGUAUGGAGGCGCGUCGGUCAUGACGGCCGACGAACCCGCCGUCGAGGCGCCGGCGCCGGCGCCCGUCGUCGCGCCGGUCGCGUACAUGAAGCCGCGGCGCCCCUGCCCGCCCGUGCCCGCGGAACCGCCAAAGAGGAAGGCCACGCCCGCGGCAAGGAGACAAAAGGUCACCUGGGAGACGCUCCAGCAAGACUUCCAGCCGCCUUCUACCGAGGAGUGCAUGCGCGCCUGCGCCACGAACCAGGAAGAGGACUUCGGCGGCGCGGACGUCUGGAUCCGCCCCCCUACUGCGUUCAACGACGAGGAGGUCCGCGGGGGCUACGGCGAUUCCGAGGACGACGACGACAAUGAAGAGGGCAUUGUGGUCGAGGCGGCGGCGCCGCCCAAUUUCAAGGCGAAGCGCGCGAUGUUGGUGACGGGGCCUCCUCUAGGGGCCGCGUACGACGAGGACGAGGAAGAAGAAGAGGACGAGGACGCCGCCGCGCCGGAGGAAGAGGACGACGACGCCUCGUUCGAGGCCAAGCGCCGGGCGCUGCGCACGCCGCCGCCGCCGCUCGGUGCCGCGUACGACGACGAGGACGAGACUGACGAUGACGAGUCCGAGGGCGAGGCGCCUAUUGAUUCCUUCAAGGCCAAGCGCGCGAUGCUCGUCACGGGGCCGCCGCCUCUCGGGGCGGCCUACGACGAGGACGAGACCGACGAGGACGACGAGGAUGACGAGGCCGAGGCGCCGGUCGCGGAGGCGCCCGCCGCCGCCGCGCCGGGCACGUACGACGACGACGAGUUCGACGAGGCCUAGUCGCCGGCCUAAGAGGCGUAUCUGAUAAC